AUGGUUCUCCCUAGCAAAUCCCAGAUUCUAAAUGGCACUGAAUUCUACAUAUGUCCUUCAUGCAGAGAGAUGAUUUCAGCACUUAUAGUCUCACUAGACACAAAUUCCGUCACACCUCCCGUGAAACAAGUGCAUCCGAGAGCCUUGGACCACCACUCCACCGAUCUAUAUCCGGUAGUUUUAUUUCCGGAAAAUCAAGAAGCGUUGCCAAUGGACCACCACUCCACCGAUGUAUCUAGUAGUUGCACACAUAUUUUCGCACCCGAGAGCCUCUGCGCCGUUAAGGCGCACUAUUUUUCCGGCACAGAGAAUCUCGGUGGUUCUUUUCUUCUUCAUUUGCAUCACACUACAUCGCACAAAGUUCCCUUCUUUAAUUACCAGUACACCUUUUCUCUUCACUCUUUCUUUGCAACAAGUUUGUCACUGGCCAUCUCUAAAGCCUUAAUUGCUUCAAUUGUUCUCUCUCUACUUGUUCUUGACCUUGUCCAGGCUGCCCAAGCCGAUCAAGCGAUUGGCUACACUCCGACCGGCAAGGCAAUGAAUUGCAAGGGAGCCUGUGCCACAAGGUGCAGCUUAUCAUCGAGGCCAAACCUGUGCAACAGGGCAUGCGGAACCUGCUGCGCGAGAUGCCAAUGCGUUCCUCCUGGCACAUCUGGGAAUUACGAUGCUUGUCCUUGCUACGCUACCAUGACUACCCGCGACAACCGACGCAAAUGCCCUUGAUUUGCUUUCACUUAUUUUGUGAAAGUCACUGGAAUGAAUUUAAAUUUGUGAUCAUAUGAACUAUCUUGUAGUAUAUUUUUGUUCACAAAUUAGACGGCAAAUGAGAGAAAUGUGUGUACUAAAAUUGGUGGAAUUUGGUGAGAAACUAAAGUAAC